GGCCCUUUCUAAAUGCUGCCUGCAUCUGAAAACUGAGAAAUUUGGUUUAUGAUUAACUUUUUAUAUAAAUGGUAAAAUUAUAUUUCCUGUAAUUCAGUUUCUUUAAUAUCUUUCAGUAAUAUAUCUCUUAGUGAAAUGUCUUAUACAAAUACAUUCUCAUUUUUCGUUGGAGACCUAACCUGCAGACCUUUUAGGAUAUUAAAACGAAUGUCUACAGAUGGCGUAAUCUCUUGAUGAAAUGACAGAUAAAUUUCUAAAGGUAAUAUUUUGUAAGAAAAAUUUUCCAUGUCAGAGAGUUGCUUUUAAAUCCCGUUUCUCCUUUGCUUCAUUCAGUUUGGUACUAGGUAUUCUCUCCCACCCUCUUUCAUCAUUGCUUUUCUGUGUUAGAUUUUGUAGAAGGAAGAAAAAGGAAGAGUGGGUGAGUGUUAACAGUUAAAUGGGAGGGGAGAAAAGGUGGUCACCACUUUCAGGAUCUUUUUGGUGAUUUUUUUUUUAUCUGACAUUUAAAUAAGGAUUGUUUGCUCAGAGGAAGGGAAGGGGAGAGGGAAGCUAGAGGAAAAACCAUGCCUGCUUUUUUGCAGCAGCCCUGGUUGGCUUCUCUACCCCAGAAACUGGGGAAGUGUGGCAGGCAGCCAAUUUGAAAGCAUUCUCCCCAAGAAAGCUUGAAAUUUGGAAGAGAACAGAUGAUUCUCAUGGUAUUUUGAGCCUCGUGCCAGCCUCAAUCAAUUAUAAGUCACUUGUGAAGACAUUUUGAGAAUUGGCAGUGUCUGAGUAUUAAGGUAAAUAAUCCAGGAAGGAUUAGAUGUAUAUGUGCUAAUGAGAAUGUUUUCAGUUAUGUUAUAGAAAUAAGUGGGGUGUAUACUAUUGUUAUCAGGCUUAAACAUUUUCAUUUAGUGGCAAUUUUAGGAGGAAAAUGCAAUGUGAAUGGUAUUGCAUAAUUGCUAAGAUUCCUUGAUUCCUCCCACAGCGUAUGUUGUUUAAUGCUGGUGGCCUUAGUCAGAAGAGGCUGAUCAAUGAUCCAGCCAGUGCAUGGUCUAAUGUAAACAUUGCUAAAAUCUAUUGUAGACUAAAAUAAACUGCAAAAUGCAUGUUACAUAUCUGAGUAUGCAUGCCAAAGUGUUUUGUUUCUAUGGGUUUUUUUUUUAAAGUGAAAAAUAGAAUUUGUUUGACACUGAUGUCUGAUAAGCAAAGUUACAGUCUUCGGUAUAUUUUUCCAAGGAAGCCUAUUUGAUGGCAAAAUACAGGAAGCAAUACUGAAAUCCAUCAUGAAUAUUAUCACAGUGGAGAAAUAUGAUCAUCUUAUGUCUCAGUCUGCUUUUAAACAGAGCUUUACUGGUAUUUUUCUGUUGCUGUUCUCCCUUGUGACACAUUCUUAAGUUCCUAUGUGGAGUUUUGUGCACGGCUUGAUGUUUUCCAGUUCUGUUUGCAAAAGAAGAUACUGUUCCUUUAAAAUCAAGUGGCUCAUUGAGUUGUUUUUACUAGCGCGCUGCUUUUUAUAUGGUACAGUAUACUCCAUGCAAAUGAGCUGCCUGCUCAGCCUCUGUGCGGCUGCUUGCCCUCUUGGGGAGCUCACAAAGACUCUGCAGACCUAAUUCAGCAUUCAGUUGUUUAAAACGGCAGAUGGAAGGAGGUAUCGGCAAGAUGAGGAUUUAUUAGCUACUCACAAUAAAAGACCACACUCGCUCCGCAGAGGAUCAGAAAGAGGCUGGUGAAUGGGAUUGAGUUGUAUCUGCUUUCAGCUGACUUUACAGUGAUGUGUUUAGCUCAUGUGACUCGGUCACUUAGCAUGAAGAUCAGCUAAAGAUUUCCAUGUAAAUAUCUAUUCCUUUAAGCACCAUCAACCUGCGUGCUUGCAUUGAGACUUUUCUUGGUUUGCAGCUGUCAUAACUGUGGGAACAGGAACACUUCAUCAAGCUGUGGUAGGCAGCCUACGGUCUGGGCUCUCGUUGUUGUUGCAUUUGCACACUUCAGGAUGUCUGGCUGAAAUCCCCUCAUAAACACAGCUCUCGAUGAAGUUUGAUUUCUUUUAUAGCUCUUGUGAAAUCUUUCAGAAGCUGAGGCCAGGUUCUUUUUAAAUACAGUAUAUGUAUUCCGAAGUUAUAGGCUCUUCCUAUGCUUUUAUCAGGAGAUGAAAUCUGUUGCUUUAGCUUUCUGCUAAAAAGCUGAAGGUCAUUGCGGCAGUAGGUUGUGCAUUAUAUUUGUGAUAGUUCCUUUUUUCAUUUCUGAUGUAGAAAGGGCAUGUGUAGGACAAAGUCUCCUUGACAUGCUCAGUAGUUCAAGUAAUACUGGGAUGAAUACACCUAGAUUUUUAUUUUUGUUGAAAUGGUGUGUGGUAUAGCUAGAAGCAUUAGCAUUGUUUAUUUUUCCACACAGGCUAUAUGCUCAUAUUUUAAAAUGGGAUUGGGAUAACAUACAUAAAGGGGCAAAGCCUUUUUUGACUUUGCUGUGGUGGUCUGUGUGAGGGUAGCUGGAAAACAGAAACUGCAGGACAGACUGAAAAAAGCCUCAGCUGAACUGUGCUUUUUCUUUCUUUUUUUGCCUUUUUGCUAUGGGUGAUGGUGAGGGAAGGGCUUAAGACAGCCCUGUCAGUGAUGAAUAGAUGGAUGAAUUCUUAAAUGUUCAGAACUUGCAACAUGUGUUCCAGACCCUUCAGCAUGUAAGAGUCGCAAGAUCUCAGCAAUGAACUAAAGAAUGUGCCGUGUCUGCUGCAUACAAGAAGGGGACCAGCAUACCUCAGAGAUAGCAGAAACAAAGAAUGUGUGACAGUAGCUGAAGAAUCUGACAGUCGCUUGGUCAUACAAAGGAGUAAAGGAAUCUUUCAAAAUUUGGGAAAAUAAAAUGUCUUUUCUUUCAUAGGGAGGUUUUUUCUGUAUUUUAGUACUGUAUCCUGUGUGUCCACAGAAUUGAUUUUUUUUUUUUUUUUUAGUUAAGUGUGACUGUGUGUUUUUUAAAGGAAAUGUGACCUGGAUUUUGUGAGCUUAUUAUAAACAGUAAAUGAAGGCAGCUGUUGUAGUUUACUGAUCCCUUGUAACAGCUCAAGUAAAUUGAAAUAAAGCAGAAAUAUGUUUGUGUGGGAUCUGAAUUAAAUUCCACUCUUCGGCCUUACAAGGAGUCAUGGAUUAUUAUAUUUUUCUAGACUGUUUUGUGUAUGAGGGGAAUCAGACAUCCAACCUUGAAAAGAUUUAGGAAAGUCGAACAGAUUUUUCCCAAUGUGACCUGCUAAAUCUGCCACAAAAGAGGCAGGCAAAAUUACGUACAGAUAGUCAGAGACCGUGGCUGCAGCUUUUCAUGACAGUUAGAGAGCAAAGCCAGCCAGAAGCGAGCGAGCUUUAGCAGGGAUUUGUGAUCAGCAGAGUCGAAAUAUGGAUGAUUCAAGUAUUCUUCGAAGAAGAGGGCUGCAGAAGGAGCUCAGCCUCCCCAGAAGAGGAAGCUUAAUCUCAUCUCCUUUGUACUCCCACUGCCGAGGAAAUGAUGUUCAUCAGCACAUGUUCUCUCCUACAUCUGCUCCAAGUCUGCAGCACCUCAAAUUCCCAUUUAGUGCUGACUGUGCACUUGUUACUUCUCCUCUUGUAUUUUACCUGAACUCACAACCCCACAGCAAUCCAUCUAGUCCAUGCUACAGCCAUCCUUUUCAGUGGAGCUGUCGGACAAGCAACAGAAAGAGUUUGAUUGUAACAUCCAGCACAUCUCCAACUCUCCCGCGACCACAUUCCCCUCUUCAUGGACACGCAGGUAGCAGCCCUUUGGACAGUCCCCGGAACUUCUCUCCAAAUGCACCUGCUCAUUUUUCCUUUGUUCCUGCCCGAAGCCACGGACACAGAGCAGACAGAACGGAUGGACGCCGCUGGUCCUUGGCCUCCCUUCCUUCAUCUGGAUAUGGAACAAACACUCCCAGUUCGACAGUUUCAUCAUCAUGCUCAUCUCAGGAGAAGCUGCACCAGCUGCCCUUUCAGCCCACGGCAGAUGAACUUCAUUUCCUGACAAAGCAUUUCAGCACUGAGAGCAUCACUGAUGAGGAAGGGCGCCAUUCUCCAGCCUUGAGGCCUCGAUCUCGCAGUCUCAGCCCGGGUCGCUCCCCAAUUUCCUUUGACAGUGAAAUAAUAAUGAUGAAUCAUGUGUACAAAGAAAGGUUUCCAAAGGCCACGGCACAGAUGGAAGAGCGGCUGGCUGAGUUUAUUGCCUCUAAUGCUCCAGAGAACGUGCUGCAAUUAGCAGAUGGGGUCCUAAGUUUCAUUCAUCAUCAAGUUAUUGAACUGGCCAGAGAUUGCUUAGAUAAAUCACGUGAAGGUCUUAUUACUUCUCGGUACUUUUAUGAGCUGCAGGAAAACUUGGAGAAACUUCUCCAGGAUGCCCACGAGCGAUCCGAGAGCUCCGAGGUUGCCUUCGUUACCCAACUUGUGAAGAAGCUGAUGAUUAUCAUUGCGCGACCAGCUCGGCUGCUUGAGUGCCUGGAGUUUGAUCCUGAAGAGUUUUACCAUUUGUUAGAAGCUGCAGAAGGCCAUGCCAAGGAAGGGCAAGGAAUUAAAUGCGACAUUCCUCGUUAUAUUAUCAGCCAGCUGGGACUCACCAGGGAUCCCUUGGAGGAAAUGGCCCAGCUGAAUAGCUAUGACAGCCCAGACACUCCUGAGACAGAUGAUUCAGUCGAGAGCCGUGGGGCCUCUGUCCAGUCAAAGAAAACUCCAUCUGAAGAAGAGUUUGAAACUAUUAAACUGAUCAGUAAUGGUGCUUAUGGAGCGGUGUAUCUGGUACGACACAAGACCACCCGUCAACGUUUUGCCAUGAAGAAGAUCAACAAACAGAACCUAAUUUUGAGAAACCAGAUCCAGCAGGCUUUUGUGGAGAGAGAUAUCUUGACUUUUGCUGAGAACCCCUUUGUGGUCAGCAUGUUCUGCUCCUUUGAGACCAAGCGCCACCUGUGCAUGGUUAUGGAGUAUGUGGAAGGAGGUGAUUGUGCCACACUUCUCAAGAACAUUGGUGCACUACCUGUUGAUAUGGCGAGGAUGUAUUUUGCUGAGACUGUUCUGGCACUGGAAUACCUACACAAUUAUGGGAUUGUUCACCGUGACCUGAAACCUGAUAAUCUCCUGAUAACUUCCAUGGGUCACAUUAAACUAACAGAUUUUGGACUGUCUAAAAUUGGGUUAAUGAGUCUUACAACUAAUCUUUAUGAAGGACACAUAGAGAAGGAUACCAGGGAAUUCCUGGACAAGCAGGUCUGUGGGACUCCGGAAUACAUUGCACCAGAAGUGAUCCUGCGCCAGGGCUAUGGGAAGCCUGUGGACUGGUGGGCCAUGGGGGUUAUCCUGUAUGAGUUUCUAGUUGGCUGCGUUCCUUUCUUUGGGGACACACCUGAAGAGCUGUUUGGACAAGUGAUUAGUGAUGAAAUUGCCUGGCCAGAAGGUGAUGAUGCCCUGCCACCAGAUGCUCAGGACCUCAUUUCUAAGCUGCUCCGCCAAAAUCCUUUGGAAAGAAUGGGAACAGGUAGUGCCUUUGAAGUGAAACAGCAUCGGUUCUUUAAAGAUUUGGACUGGAAUGGAUUACUUCGACAGAAAGCUGAAUUCAUCCCACAGUUGGAAUCUGAGGAUGACACAAGCUAUUUUGACACCCGAUCAGAACGGUACCAACACCUGGAUUCGGAAGAAGAGGAGGACACUAACGAUGAUGAUCAUGUGGAAAUUCGGCAGUUUUCCUCAUGCUCGCCAAGGUUCAGCAAGGUGUACAGCAGCAUGGAACGUCUUGCUAUCCAUGAAGAGAGGAAGACUCCGCCACCAACUAAACGGAGUCUGAGCGAAGAAAAAGAUGACCGACUGGACAGCCUUGGUGGCUUGAAGAGCCGAGACCGCAGCUGGGUGAUUGGGUCUCCUGAAAUAUUGCGGAAGCGCUUGUCUAUGUCUGAAUCCUCACACACGGAGAGUGACUCCAGCCCACCCCUGACCGUCCGCCGACGCUGCUCAGGGCUUCUCGAUAUGCCCCGUUUUGCCAUCUCUACUGAGGAUGAGGGAACUGUUCUCAAAAGGCCACAGUCCGAGGGGAUGCUCUUGUCCACCGUGCAGUCGCGGGAAGGGCUGCCGGUUCCCAUUCCAGAACAGCCUGUCGAGCAGGAGCUGCAGCUGGAAGGUGAUGCUGGACCCACCACCCCCUCCACGGCUGUCAGCAGCGCCUCAACGUUGACAGCUGGGAGCACUGCAGAUUUCUCUGAUCCACGAGCUCGCAGUAAUAGCAAUGAAGGCCCAGACUUUACCACUCCAAAAGCCAUCAGCGAUUUGGCAGUGCGGCGGGCACGACACAGGUUGCUCUCUGGGGAAUCAGGGGAGAAACGUACCUCAAGACCUAUCAAUAAAGUGAUUAAAUCAGCAUCCGCUACUGCCUUGUCUCUCCUGAUUCCCUCAGAUCACCACACGUGUUCUCCAUUGGCCAGUCCAAUGUCACCUCAUUCUCUAUCCUCCAACCCAUCUUCGAGGGACUCCUCACCCAGCCGCGACUUUUCUCCUGCUAUUGCAAACCUGAAACCACCAAUCAUCAUCCAUCGGGCUGGAAAGAAAUACGGUUUCACUCUCCGUGCCAUUCGCGUCUAUAUGGGUGACAGUGAUAUCUACACUGUGCAUCACAUGGUCUGGCACGUGGAGGAAGGCGGCCCAGCACAUGAAGCAGGUCUGCGUGAAGGGGAUCUGAUAACCCAUGUCAAUGGGGAGCCGGUCAAUGGACUGGUGCACACAGAAGUGGUGGAGCUGAUUCUGAAGAGUGGAAAUAAAGUGUCCAUCUCCACCACACCAUUUGAGAACACAUCCAUCAAAGUUGGUCCAGCCCGAAAAGCCAGCUACAAAUCCAAGAUGGCUCGUAGGAACAAGAAGAGCAAAACUAAGGAUGGUCAGGAAAGUAAGAAGAAGAGUUCUUUGUUGAGGAAGAUCACCAAACAAGCAUCACUGCUUCACACCAGCCGAAGUUUAUCUUCACUAAACCGUUCUCUGUCUUCUGGAGAAAGUGUGCCUGGCUCUCCAACUCACAACCUGUCUCCUCGGUCGCCAACACAGAGUUACAGAUCCACUCCCGAGUCUGUACACUCAGUUGGUGGCAAUUCUUCCCAGAGCAGCUCUCCCAGUUCCAGUGUUCCCAAUUCUCCAGCCAGCUCUGGACACAUCCGCCCCAGCUCUCUGCAUGGACUAGCACCAAAGCUUCAAAGGCAGUACAGAUCUCCGAGGCGUAAAUCUGCAGGAAACAUCCCUCUGUCACCACUAGCUCACACUCCAUCGCCAACCCCACAGUCCACAUCGCCGCAGCGCUCCCCAUCUCCUUUACCAGGACACUCAGUUGGCAGCUCCAGUAUUAUUCAGUCUUUUCCAGUAAAACUACACUCCUCUCCACCACUGGUGAGACAGAUUUCUCGCCCCAAAAGUGCUGAGCCCCCUAGGUCUCCUUUGCUAAAGAGAGUUCAGUCGGCUGAGAAACUGGCUGCCUCGCUGUCCUCUUCUGAGAAGAAGCUGGCUUCCUCACGUAAGCAUAGCUUGGAUAUCUCGCACUCUGAAUUUAAGAAGGAGAUGCUACAGAGGGAUCCUAGUCUCCAGAGCUUACAAGAAUCUGCGAAUGAAACAACAGGCGGCAAACUUGGGCUAGCGGAAAAAGGGAUGUUGCAGAAGCCAGGUUCACGCAAGUUGGGUGCUAUCCGGCAGGACAGGGUGGAGAGGAGGGAGUCUCUGCAAAAGCAGGAGGCCAUCAGAGAAGUAGAUUCUUCUGAAGAUGAAACGGAUGAUGGUUCAGAAGAUAGUCAGGAUGGGAGAAGAGUCGACAAGCCCCCUGAUAGUGGAGACCAAGGCUCGGAUUCUUUUAAUGAGGAUAAUAAGUUUUCAUCUAAAUUGGAAAGCAAGGAUAGUAUUGAAGAUGAUGCCUUUCUACCUGAAGAUCCAAAAGGUACAGAAGAUUUGCAGAAGGGAAAUAAUCAACAAGCCAAACCUGUUUCAGAACCAAUGCAAAUCAGUGUGCACCCUUCCCCAUCAGGGGUCCUCCCAAGAACUUCUCCAGAAAAAUUAGCUUAUUCAGAAAAGCCAUUACUAAGAUCAGAAACAACUGCAAAGGAACAAAAAUUGCCAGAAAACAAAACUUUUGAGUGUUUUGGUCCAAAAGACAAAUCUGAAGCAAUCAAAGACCUAGGGAGAACUACAACUACUCAAAAACCAAUAGGUCGGACAGAACGUAUGCAGUGCCCAUCUAUCAAACUCCUGGAACUUGAAGAAGGUGACUCUUCAGGGGCCUCGUGUAGUAAGCUUGACCUGAAAGACCCUCUGCUAACAGAAAGCAGCCAGAAAAAACAGGACUCCAAACCUCUGCUGGCAUUUUCUUCAUGGUACACGGCAAGCGUGAGCACUCCUCCCUCGGUAAGCCCCGCGGACCGCAGUGAGAAGGAUCGCAAGGAGACCCUUCAGCCUCCAGAACAGCACAGCACCUCGUUUCUGUCUCCUAGAAGUGCAAGUGAAGCGUCCCAAAAAAGUCCUUGUGCUGAAAAGCAACCCAGCUCAUCCCAGGCAGAGAGUGCUCCGACCGCCAGCAGAACCAGCCCAGCAGGUCCUGUGUCCUCCACGCUCCUCAUCCCCGGCGCUAUUGAAAGAGCUCUCUCUGUGUCACAGUUAGUGCCACUAGCUCAGAGUGUGUUGGGCCCUUUGAAGCUCAGUAUGUCUGGUUCUGGAGAGGUGGAAAAGAGAAAGGAUUUCCCCCAUUUGGGUGCCUCCUGUAAAGAAGAGAGGGAUUUGAAACAAAAAAGACAGGAAACUUCACAAACAGGAGCGUGUCAAGAGAAAGCCAAACUAUCUAGCACAGACAGUCUGACUGCAAGGAGCGGAUCCUGCGCAGAGUUAUUAAACUCAGCCAAGGCCUGGGAGGCAACGUGUCCUGUGGUGGCAAAAAAGGAGGCAACUUUUUGCAGUUCUGAAGCACCUGAAGUGUUGGGAGGUAGCUGCAAAAUCACUCCAUCGAAAGAGCUGUCUCACGCUCUUGGACAAGCAGCUCUGAGAGCCUCUCCUCUGCCAGAUGGCAGCACGAGGCCCUCAAAAGAAGGGACUCUCACACAAGCGAAAAGCAAAGAGGUUGGAAAUCAGUUAAAAAUACAAGACUUUCCCCUGUCACAUGAUGAUGCUGUAAAGAAAACAUAGCAGCAUCCCUGGUACAAGUGGACUGGAGCAUUCUACAUUCAAAAUAGAGACUGCAUGUUUGAAUUUUGUAAUAUACACUAAUAUAAAAUAGAACUUGUGUACAUCUAUUUUUGGGAGGGUUUUUUUCAUACUGUUUUUUGUGUUUUUUCAUCCUUGCUAUUCUAUUUUUGUACACAGUAAUGCUUGCCAUUUGAGGUCUCUUUAGAACAGGGUAUCUUUAAAGCAGGGCUUAAGAAACAGUUUGUUGAUUUAUUUUAUUUUACUUUUCCCCUUCCAGACCUUUUAUUUUGCCUGAGUUUAGGGUCUGUUGUGCUCUUCCCUCUAAUCCUGCAUUUAUUUGAGAUCCCAGAAGUUCUGAGUACAAAUAGGCAGCUUACUUUUAAAUUUCUGCUUUUUCACUUUUCUCUUUGAAAUGCCAUUGAAAUUCACGAAUUUCAAGUUUGUUCUUUGCAUUUACAAUCUGAUGUCCUUGAACAAGGAGAAGAAACUACCCUUGUCCGCAAGUUGUUCUGGAACUACAAACCCUCUUUGGUGCAAGUGAGAGCUCUUUGUCACUGUGUGCAUCACAGUCCUUAGAGGAUCCAGAGGCAAGGGACUUGGCUGGAGGGGUCAGAGACAAACAGAUCCCUGUCUGCUCUUUAAACCCAGGAAAAGUAGUUUUCAAUGGUAUUAUCAGAAAGAGAAAUCACCAAUCCGUAAGCUGGUUUGGGGGGACUGUUUUUACUUAUCCUUUAUGAGACACUUGGCAACUUUUCCCUCUGUUUUUAUAAUUUUAGUGAUGUUUUAUCUUUCUUUCUCUGGCUUCAAUUCACAACUUGCCCUGCCUCAGAAUAAAUGACCCCAGGAAAGGGGUGCCUUGUAGGUUGAUUUUAAAGUAGAGAAAUCUGUAGUCGCGUGUUCUCCAGUAUGUCUUGGGCAAAGUUAUCGCGAUGAUAAAUGACCUUUGGAGACUUUUCCUUCUCUUGAUGAGUCUAAAUAGGUAGGGAUUUAAGGUGUUCCUUAACAUUUCUGAAUUGGGGCUUGGGAAACUUGCUGAGUUUUCUGAAUGUGCCCAUUUUAAAAACAAAAGAAUCCUCUGAAGAGUUCAGAUUCCUCGAGUUCUGUGGACAAGCUGCAAGCAGACUUCAAAACACAUGUGAUAUUUUAAGAUUUCAGCUUUGAUAGCUAGAUCAUUUCCACUGCUGAGGUCACUUUCCAUUAAAGAAAUUACUCUCUGCUCUUAGGUUUAGACAUUGCUUUGCUUUAAGUGUGACCAACUCUGGAUAACAGUGCUCUUUGCUGAGGAUUAGAUCAAUAAUAAUACACCAAUAAACGUGUCGAGUGGUGAUACCUAUAGCACUGUAAAGCCAUUUCUUCAUCCAAUUAAAGGUUCCUCUCAAUGAACACUCCCAUCAUUUUUCCCAGAUUGUGCUCAGCUUUUAUUCUAGUCUUGUCUGAGUGUAUCUCCCUGCGGAUCACCCGCAAGGUCUUGUAUCCUGCUCACUGGCCUAUGCUGUUAGAAGCAGAAUGACUGUGCAACGGUAUUUCAAGCUAAAACCUUUCUCUGUUGGUCUGAUUUCAUUACACCGCUGCCUUCUUCAUGUCUUGGCUUUUUCUGAACUUGAAGGUUUGAUUUGCUUUCCCCUAAGUGCAAAUAUGUUUUUAUAUAGGGAUAUAUUUCCUCCAACUCUUUCAACUUGAUUUCAGCUCAAUCCACAAAUCACAAAAAUCUCUGGAAUCUCACCUUGCUUUUUUCUGUAUAACUAUUGUUCCCCCCCUCGCCCCAUUAUAUACUUGAUUUUGGCUGCUUGGAUUUCAUUUCUGGACCAAGUUUUGGUUUGGGCUUUUCUUUUUUAACUUGUUUAAAAGAGUGUUUACUCUGUGUGUCUGUGUGAACAUGUAUGGUGUUGUUAAUACACUAACCAAAGCCUCAACGCUCCCAGAUAACACGUUAAUAAAUCUUGCUGUGACGGUAUUAAGAGCAGAGCCUGCUGUGCUGUCUCUUUGCUCUUUUCCCUGGAAUUCGUAGGCUAUUCGUAUACACUUGGUUUGCAAUAAUAACCACAAUAUUUCCACUGCUUUGUCAGGGUCCUGGCUGUCUCCAGCCUUUCAAAGCACUCUUGUUGAUGAGCAUCAUUCUGUGCUGAUUUGGAGCAAUGGCGAGUAAGGAACAGGCUUGGCAGGAUCUGGUGCUUACCUGACUGGUUUUCACCCCGAUGGCUUGAUCUACUUAAAAAAUUGCUAAGAAACAAGGUCUGAUCGGCAGUGCAGUAUAGGAUGAAAUGGACAGGAGUAGUGAGAAAUUGAUUCAGCGUCCUGAGUCUGUGGUAAUUAUGAAGACAAGUCUCAAGCUCAUGUCCUGAGAGCACCUGACCUCGGCGAGGUUGGAGGUCUCUGUGUAAAUCAGUGAGCCCAGAGCUGUGUGAGGACAUGGUCUGACCUGGCUGUUCCCUGAGUGGCAGGUCCCCUCUUCCUUCUCCUUGCAGUGGCACAGCUUCUCCUGUGAGCAUGCUCCUGGGCAUCCACAAAGGGUUGCAUUUUAAGAACCUAAUGGGAAAACCACCCGCUGCUCCUAGGAGAGAGGGCUGGGUAACCUGGUCCAUCCCAUGAGGGCUGGGAUGGGGCCCUCUGAAGGUACCACCUGUAUUAGCUGCUGAAAGUUCCAGUGCUGAAUGCAGAGUUAUCCUUUCUUACGCAUAAAAAGAGGAGUUGAAAACUUUGCUGUGUCACAGCUUUUGCUGCUGUUGCCUGAACUGGCCCAAGAAGAGGUGAGGUGUGUGCUUAGUCACCUCUUUUGUAGCUACGGUACAGAAAGUGAUCGGUGCAAUUUGAAAAACCAUGGGGUUUUGGAAGCCAAAGCCAAACAGCAUUACCAGGAGAUCAUCCUAAUGAAGCCUCAUGUCCCCUGCUCCUGGUCAGUCCUGCAGUUCCCCUUGGUGUACCAGGUUCCACCUUCUGUCAAACUUACAUGGAGCACCUUGGCAAAAAGACACUUUCUAUUAAAUUCUAAUAAUAAACCAGGUAGAUACACCAAGACUUAUUCCUUGCUCUGCUAACAAGUGCUUAAACACCUUCUCAAAUAAGCUUGCGAAACAUGUCAGGGAGGAACGAGAUGUUGGAAAAGCUGAGUGUGAUGAGUGAGAAUGUGUUCCCCAGCGCAGGGUCGGACACGUGGUACCUGAGUGAAGCAUUCAGCAAGACAAGAACUUGGCCUCUGUAGAUAACCCUCAGACAGGCAGGAGGUAGAAGUUGUGUGUGGUGUGUCUGAUGAACGAGCUGUGCAUAUAACCAUCCAAAUACGCUGCUUUCCUGCUUCGUUUCCCCAUUCCCUUCUGUCGGCUUGGCUGUCUCCCGCUCCUCAUCCAUGCUGGGGUGACAGCAUCAAAGCUGGUUCCAGCCCCUGCAGCUCCUCUCUGCUCCUUCAUCCAGCCACUGCAUUCCUGCCCCGUGCCUCAUUUCAGUGUUACUUUUCCCUUUGUCUCUUACUGUUGCAAACUAAGAGAAACGGAUGAUAUUUAUUGUAAAUAUUAGACUUUAGCAUUGUAACGGCCACUCCUGGGUCCGGACGUCAGAGGCCUUUGGCUGCUAAUAUACUAAAGAGCGCUUGCUGGAAAAGGGGUAGGAGUGACCAGUGGUUUUGGUUGCCACACUUGCAUUAAGGUGUGAUUUGGAGUAUUUUAACUAUUAUAAUUUCUUUCUUCGGAAGAGGGGAGGAUAAAGUCUUUCUCUGGUUUUCUCUUACUGGAUGUGAAGGAUAAUUCUGUACUUCUAGUAGAAGAUUGGACAGAAGUGUGUGUUUCCCUUGUGUUCGAUUACCAUAUCCAGGUGGCUGGGAGAGCACCUCCUGAGCUGGGCUCCGCCAAGCUGUGUCACUCAGCACUUAGCUAGAUAAGAGGAAGUGUGGAAUUUCUGUGUUUUUAGAAACUUGAACAAUUGCCACAUAAUAGCGGUGCAAUAAUUUUUAUUCAUGUUGUACCUGCAUGUCGGUGUUCGAAUCCUCCUCCAAAAUAAAUAAUUUUGUUUUGUUUUGUUUUUUUACAUAAAUGCA